AUGUCCCCCAGAGGGAGUCUGGAGCAGCCCAAGGCUCUGUGUGGCCAGAGGCAGGCAGGACGCAGAGCUGUCAGCAAAGGAAGGGGCCAGCGAGGUGCCCAUGGCAAGGCACGGCAAGUAUCCAACAGCAGCUCCAUCAACCACUUCCUCCUGCUGGCACUGGCAGACACGCAGCAGCUGCAGCUCCUGCACUUCUGCCUCUUCCUGGGCAUCUCCCUGGCUGCCCUUCUGGGCAAAGGCCUCAUCAUCAGCACUGUAGCCUGCGGCCACCACCUGCACACGCCCAUGUUCUUCUUCCUGCUCAACCUGGCCCUCAGCGACCUGGGCUGCAUCUGCACCACUCUGCCCAAAGCCAUGCACAAUUGCCUCUGGGACACCAGGAACAUCUCCUACUCAGGAUGUGCUGCACAGGUGUUUUUCUUUCUAUUCUUCAUAGAAACAGAGUAUUCCCUCCUGACCAUCAUGUGCUACGACCGCUACGUGUCCAUCUGCAAACCUCUGCACUACGGGACCCUCCUGGGCAGCAGAACUUGUGCCCACAUGGCAGCAGCUGCCUGGGCCAGUGGCUUUCUCUAUUCAUUGGUGCACACAGCCAAUACAUUUUCCCUGCCCCUGUGCCAGGGCAGUGCCCUGGACCAGUUCUACUGUGAAGUACCACAGAUCCUUAAGCUCUCCUUCUCACACACUUACCUCAGGGAACUUGGACUGCUGUUUAGUGCUUGUUUGGUAUUUGGUUGUUUUGUGUUCAUUAUUUUCUCCUAUGUGCAGAUCUUCAGGGCUGUGCUGAGGAUCCCCUCUGAGCAGGGACGGCACAAAGCCUUUUUCACCUGCCUCCCUCACCUGGCUGUGGUCUCCCUUUUUCUCAUUACUGCCACAUUUGCCAACCUAAAGCCCCCAUCUAUAUCCUCUCCAUCCCUGGAUCUGGUCCUGUCAGUUCUGUACUCAGUGGUGCCUCCAGCCCUGAACCCCCUGCACCGCCUCAUCUACAGCCUGAGGAACCAGGAGCUCAAGGCUGCAGUGUGGAGACUGAUGACUGGAUGGUUUCAGGAACAUUAA